AUGAAUUCAGACCAGCUAUCAUAUUCGAAUGCGUCUAAUGCGGCGAUACCUAAUGCACUUCCUAUGACAAUCACUGUCACAGAGCCAUUAAAAGAGUUUGAUGGAACUAAGGAUGCUUUCAUUUCUUAUCUAAUAACAACAAAGACGGCCUUGGACACCUUUACGUCACCUACUGUGAGUGUUCGAAGAAGAUUUCAGGAUUUCGUGUGGUUACACGGCUCCCUUUCACGGGACUUUGCCGCGUGUGUAGUGCCACCUUUGCCUGAUAGACAUCGAAUGGAAUAUAUAACCGGUGAUCGGUUUGGUCCAGAGUUUGUAGAAAAGCGACGAGCAAACGAAUAUAUUUCAUUUAAUAGCCUUCAAAGGUUUUUGGCAAGAUUAAGCCGUCAUCCCACUUUGCAAAAGAGUGAAUACUUCAGGAUAUUUUUGGAAUCAAGAGAAUGGAAUAAAGAAUCUUCUUUAUAUAGGCAAAGGAAAUCAGGAGAUGGUGUUUUUGAAAAUCUGGGGGAUGCUUUACUUAAUGCAUUUUCUAAACUUAAAAAACCAGAUGAAAAAUUUGUUGAAAUUAAAGAAAGUGUUGACAAGCUUGAAGAAAAUCUGCAAAUAAUUGAUAGACUAUAUCAGAGAAUUAUCAAAAGGCAGACUGACUUGGAGGCAGAUUAUAGAGAUUUCGGUUCAAGUAUAGCAGGAUUAGGUCAAUUGGAAACUGGGAUUACUUUACCUCUUGAGCAGUUUGGCGAAACGGUUUCAAAAUUUGCUGAUGCGUGGAAACGAAUGACAUGCCGAGAAGAAAAUGGAUAUUCAGCCCAAAUCCGUGACUAUUUAUCCUAUUGUCAUUGUGUCAAGAAUGUUUUAAAGCUGCGAGACCAAAAGCAAGUUGAUUUUGAAGAUCUUUCGGAAUACUUGCAAAACGCUAUUAUGGAACGUGAUAAUCUUAUCAAUACUGGAAAAUCAUCUACCGGUAUAUCUUCCUUUUUACGUGAAACAGUGGAUAAUAUCAAAGGUGUAGAUCAAGAGCAAGCAAAAAGAGAGCGUUUGCAGAAGCUUGAUGCAAAAAUUGCAGAGCUUAAGAAAGAAGUUGAGAAUAGCAAUGAUGUUUCUGAUCAAUUUUCCUUAGAAGUUGCUAAAGAAUACGAGAUAUUUCAAAUCGCCAAGAAUAUUGAGAUGAAGGAUUGUUUACUUGCAUAUGCUGACAGUCAUGUCGAAUUUUAUCGUCAGGGCGUUGAAUUAUGGGAAGAAAUUAUUCCUGUCUUGGAAGAUAUUAAGUUUGAAUCAUGA